AGUAGAGAGCCUUAAUUUAUAGUGGUGGCCAUAUGUUCGGCAGUCCACUCUCCCUCUCACAGCUGAAAAAGUAAACCAACGUUCAAAUACUCUCACCAUCAAUUCUACUCUCAUCAUCAAUUCUACUUUUAAUAAAAAAAAGAAAAGGAAAAAAAUUGAUUUCAUUCUAUAUAUAUUGCAGAGCCUCUCUCUCUCUCUCUCAAAGACAGAAUUUGUUGGGUGGUACAGUUGAUAAAAAAAAAAGUCAACAGAAAGGAGAGGGUUAAAAUGGUGGUGAAGAUGAUGAAGUGGAGGCCGCGGCAAUCGAAGAAAUUGGAGGCGAGGAUCACCGUUGAUCAUCUCAAAAGCGGCGUCGUAGGAGGUGGCGAUUGCUCGAGAUAUUCGGUUGAGAUCAAAUGGAAAGGCGCGAAAGGGAUCUCCUUGAGCUCUUUGAGGAAGAGUGUGAGAAGGAAUUUCACCAAGGAGAUGUCGCUGAACCAAGACGGAGUCGCUCGAUUCGACGAAGAAUUUCGAUGUUUCUGCGCUUUAUCGGCGAACAAGGACGGCCUCUUUCAUCCAUGGGAGGUCUCCUUCACCGUUUUCAAUGGGUCGAACAGUGUAGGCACUGCAUCCUUGAAUCUUGCAGAUUUCGACAAACAAGGCAGAGACAUAGAUAUUCCUCUUCUCAUCAUCAAUGCUUCGCUUCAUCUUUCAAUCCAUCUUGUUGAAUUGAGAAAUGUCCAAGAUCAAGCUGAAGCAGCGCCUAAACCCAUUCUCUUGUUUCCUCGAUCACCAUGCUAUGGUGAAAUGUUCUCCACAGAGAAGCAAGAUCUCAAGGCCAACAGCAGCCCCAUUAGAGUCAACAUCUUCAAGGGUCUCUCCGCGCUCAGACCCAAAAGGGCAGGUCAAGAAGACGACGGCGGCAGCUCCGAGAGGAGCGAGGGUGGUGUCUACCCGCUCGACUCCUCCGAUUCAGACGGCCACGCCUCCGGUGAAGGCCUCUCCGAAGAGGAUUCUGGCGACAGGAAGUCUUUUAGUUAUGGGACUUUGGCCUAUGCCAACCACGCCGGAGCAGUGUCAGCGGCGGCUCACUCCAACACGAGCAGCGGCGAGGACGAGGACUGGCUCUACUACACCCAUCACACCAAGCCCACGUCACCUCCUGAUCAUCUGAUGCAGGAGCAGAACGCGAAGCGUCGGCUUCUGCCAUGGAGGAAGCGGAAGUUGAGCUUCAAGUCUCCCAAGAUGAAGGGGGAGCCGUUGCUGAAGAAGUACUACGGUGAGGAAGGCGGAGACGAUAUUGAUUUUGAUCGGAGGCAGCUUAGCUCCUCAGAUGAAUCCACCUUAACGAAAGAUGGGGAGAGUUCCGGUGCACGUGCCUCCGCAUUUGGAGACGAUGGUUUCGCCGUCGGUGCCUGGGAGGAUAGGGAGAUCACGAGCCGCGAUGGACACAUGAAGCUUAAAACACAAGUUUUCUUCGCCUCAAUCGACCAGAGGCACGAACGUGCAGCCGGUGAAAGUGCAUGCACAGCUCUGGUUGCUGUGAUAGCCAACUGGCUGCAAUCCAACGACAAUGAGAUGCCGAUCAAGUCCCAGCUUGACAGCCUCAUCCGUGAAGGAUCACUGGAGUGGAGGAGCCUCUGUGACAAUGAGGCCUACAGGGAACGCUUCCCGGACAAGCAUUUCGAUCUCGAGACAGUGCUGGAGGCAAAGGUCCGGCCACUUUCUGUUGUUCCGGAGAAAUCAUUCGUCGGAUUUUUCCAUCCGGAUGGAUUGGAUGACAAAGGGUGUGAUUUCCUCCAAGGUGCCAUGUCAUUUGACAACAUAUGGGAUGAAAUCUCUGCAUCUGCCUCAGAGAUGCCUUCCUCCGCUCGCCCCCUCGUCUACAUCAUCAGCUGGAACGAUCACUUCUUCGUCUUGAAGGUCGAACAAGAUGCAUACUACAUCAUUGACACUCUGGGUGAGAGGCUCUACGAAGGCUGCAACCAAGCCUUCAUCUUGAAAUUUGAUAGAGAUUCCACGAUUCAUCAGAUCACCAACGAGACUCACAAUAAACCUGCCGAGGAUAAACCAGAGCAGAACGAGGAUAAGGAGGGCUCUACUGGGAAAGAAGUGGUUACCAGUAAUCAUGCUGAAGGAAAGAAUUUGGAAGAAUCAAGCGUCGUCUGCACGGGCAAAGAGUCGUGCAAAGAGUACAUCAAUAGCUUUCUGGCUGCAAUCCCCAUCAGGGAGUUGCUAGCUGACCUGAAAAAGGGGCUGCUGGCAUCGACACCUCUUCAUCAUCGCCUGCAAAUCGAGUUCCAUUACACCGAAUGCCUGCAUCCACACAAGGAAGCAGGAACGGAAGGAGAAGAUGAUACUAAGGGAUCCUUACCAUUGGAAGCAUUAGAAGCUGAAAACUUGUAGAGAUAAUAAACCCCUUUUCAGCUAUGCCUAAUUUUAAUUUUUUACAUGAUAAGGUAAAGUGCUAAUUGUGCACUAAGCUUAGUUUUGGCUCUCCUAACCUUUGGCCUUCACAUCAAUAACCAAUUUUCGGAGAAAUGUAAAUGAGUUGAACACAUAUAUAUGUCAUCCUUCUUUAUAUACUUCCACCAAAA